AAGUUUUUAAAAGCCGAGGCAGUAUAUCUGCGGUGAAAAUAUUAUCUUCGCACAACCGCUAAAUGCCUCCCAGAAUGUUCCAUACUAUGGUCUAUGCUAUUCCAGGGUUUUACAUCUGACUAUUCCAAACCACUGCUACAUUAUACAGUAAUAUGUUCAGACAAAUUCUAUGGUUAAAACAUGAUGUUAUGAACGGGUUACGGAGAAAACGGACCCCAGCGGAAACGGACCCCAAAAAUCGAGAAAACGGCCACCGCGAUGCAGAGAAUGGCCUCCGAACCUAGAGAAAACGGCCAACAUAGUUGCACGAAGAUCAAAGGAGAUUAUAUGAUUAUAUAUAUCCUCAAUAAUAGAGAUUUACUUCAUUGCGAAUAAGCUUUUAAAAACUGAUUGAUUUGGUUGGGUUUUUAUAUUCGAUAUCCAUAGCGGUUUAGACAAGUCUUGUCUAGGGAUCCGAGAUUCGCCGUGAAUUGUUUCUGAUGAAGACCAGAAACCUUGGGUAGUUGGUUUGAAUGAAAUAUUAUGAACCUUAGCGAAAACACAGCACAAAACCUCCCUGGUUUUCAGCGACGAGAUAGGGGCCUAAGAACAGACUUUCUACCCUACUAAACUGAAGACGUCAUAAGAGUGAUACACUGUUCAAAGUCACGUAAAACAUCACGCACUCAUCAAAGACACAUUACAGAACGACUUCAGCGUGACACAGUCGUCCAAAGGCAAAAUCCCCUGGAUGAAAUACGACGGAGAGGCUGUAGAAGACUCCCAGUUCUGUGUGGAGUAUCUGAACCGGAAGUUAAACAUUAACCUAAACAGUCACCUGACCGAAGAACAACGAGCUAUUGCGCAUGCGUUUAGGAAGAUGGCGGAAGAGAACCUGUACUGGUGUAUGGGGAUGGCUAGAAUUGAAAAUAUGGAGUUUAUGACAAGUAUGCCUGGAAAUAGAUUCAACAAACUAUUUAUUUGGUAUGGUAUACGCGUGUAUCGGAACCAAAUGAAAGCUCACGGAAUCGGACGACACUCCCAUGAAGAAAUCCUGCAUAUUAUGGAGGGUGAUUUGAGAUCACUGUCAGUCUACCUAGGAGAUAAGAAGUUCUUUUUCGGCGAUCAACCAUGUGAGACAGAUGCUGCUUUGUUUGGACAGUUGUCGCAGAUUUACUGGCAGUGUCCAGGAAGCAAAGGGGAACAACUCUUGAACGAAAAGUUCACAAAUCUGGUGGAGUAUUGCGAACGAAUGAAGGCGGCAUUUUGGCCGGACUGGGAGGACUGCAUCACGGUGGAAGGAACUAAAACUGCAACAAAAUGACACGAGAACUUAUUAAAUGGUCCUGAUGAACGUCAGUUGUUAAACCGGAAGUUAAUGAUGGUUCACGUUGCAUGAUCCUAACGUCGUUGUAAUCCUCUGAAGAAAAGAUGUCAGUCCAAAUAAAGAAUGCAUGAAGAUACCACACCAAACUAGAAUGCACACUAAACUGAUGUAAAUGACGUUUAUUGAUGAUGAAUAUUGUGACGUCAUUAUUUUGAGUAAAGGUGAUUAUUUGCCAAAGCAUGAUUUGUUUAGAAGUGUGAGACAUGACGUUGACAUUCAUCAUCUGAUUCAACCUUAAACCUCAGGAUGCGGUAGCAGCGUGGUUAAAGCGUUGACUCACCAUGCCGGAGGUCCGGGUUUGAUUCCCAACAUGGGGAAAUAUGUCCAAUAUGUUACCAGAAAGGUGUAAAUAAAUACGUGAUAUC